GUCUCGGAGCUUCGAGUCGACGACGAUGGGGAACUCAGUGAAGCUUCUGCUGUUAGGCCUCGUGCUGCUGACGGCGCUCACAGAUGGCGCCGUGAUAAAAAACAAGAACGAGCGGGCUCCGAACUGCCCUAAUGGCGAGGACGAAGAUGACUGUACGCAUGCAACAUUGCAGCCCAUAGAUAUCAGCACAACCUGUAGUGGCUUCGUCUGCUACAACGGCGACUGCAUUUCCGAAAGCCAAGUGUGCGACGGCUAUUCCAACUGCCCUUGGGGGGAGGACGAGGAACAGUGCGCUACAGGAUUUUCCUCGAACUGUGAAUUCUCAUGUUGGAACGGCCAAUGUAUCCCCGGCUCCUGGGUAUGUGAUGGGUAUGUCGACUGCCCAGAAGGCGAGGACGAAUUCUGUGGAAGCUCCGUCUCACCCGUCUUCUCGAGUACCGACUUCCCCUCGACCUCCCCCUCCCCCCCGGCCGAAUGCCACACCCCCUUCGACGCGGUGGGCGGCAAGUGCAUCCUGGUGGACAUCUUCGAGUCAGUGACGUGGGCGGAGGCCAGGUACCUGUGCGAGAAGUUCGGGGCCGACCUGGUCACGCUCGAGUCGCUGAAUUUCUACACGGAGCUGCUGGACUUCUUGAACGUGAAAGGUCUGGCUGGACAUGACUACUGGGUGGGCGCCAACGACACCGAGACGGAGGGAGAGUGGGCGUGGCUGAAUGGGACGCCCGUGAGAAUGGGCACGCCUCUGUGGGCGCUGUACCGUUACAGUAGCAAUGACUAUCAGCAGGAGCCGAUCUCGAGCGACAGCGGCGACUGCGCCUUCAUGGACAAGUCCCGCUUCCUGUACCUGGACGACGGCGACUGCGGGAGCGUGAAGGCUGCCAUCUGCCAGCUGCCGGGAAACCGAAGACAUUACCCAAGAGGCAACCCAGAUGCCGUCACUGAUACCCCUUCGUCGGGAAACCCUGCGUCAGCCGACGGCGACCCUAAGGACUCGUAAACGUGAUAUCAGAAUGACAUCAUGCUCCAUCUUCACAGAAAGCCCCUUAGCUACAGAAUCCUUUGGCUUGAUUUGACUUAUUGUUGUUAUUGUUAAAUGGAAUGUGACUCAUUCAGUUGUACGCGAAUCCUUCAAUCCCGGCGCUGUUAGAGGACUGGGGAACGAAAAACAACAAGCUCUGUUAACCAAUAAAUGAUGCAUCAGAAAAACAA